ACGCAUGUGCUUCGGUCGUAUGUAAGAAUGCUGGCACUUGUCAUGUCACCGGUGGCGCCGCAUCUUGUCAAUGCCCGAAUCCGUAUACAGACCCGUCCUGUUCAACAGAUGCAUGCACAAGUCUCGUCUGCAGCAACGAAGGAGUAUGCGUGGCCAAAUCGGGAGUCGGGGUCUGCGAAUGCCCAUCACCCUACGGAGAUGCUACCUGCUCAAAAGGCGAGUCCGUUUUGCCAGUGUGUUACAUCACUUCAAUCUGGAACCCAGCAUCCAGUGGAGUAUGUUUCCACCACAAACCUGAUUGCUCAGCCCUUUGCACUCGAGUUGCCCUACAUGGUGUUUGAAGACACCCACAUUAGGGAGCACUGGAGACCAGCUUCUGGUCUGCCAAGUGCCUAUAUAGACUCGGAUCAUCAAGGCCUAAUGACACAAGAGAAAGUUCUGACCGAGAGUGCGUAA